AUGGUUACCGGGAGCUCCGCGGCGUCGGGCCCGCUGCUGCGCGCCACCAGCACCGGCUCCUGCUGCCCCGUGCUGGAGGCCGGCAGAGUGCCUGUGUUUCCUUGCAGUAAUGAAAAGGAGCGGGCGAAAGUCCCCGUGAAGAAGAAGGAGGACCCGAGUGCCAUCAAGGAGCGGGAGGUCCCCCAGCAUCCCUCUUGUUUGUUCUUCCAGUAUAAUACACAGUUGGGCCCCCCCUACCACAUCCUGGUUGACACUAACUUCAUCAACUUCUCCAUCAAGGCCAAGCUGGACCUAGUGCAGUCAAUGAUGGACUGUCUCUACGCCAAGUGUAUUCCAUGCAUCACAGACUGCGUAAUGGGUGAAAUCGAGAAGUUAGGACAGAAGUACCGUGUGGCGUUAAGAAUUGCCAAGGACCCUCGGUUUGAACGCUUGCCAUGUAUGCACAAAGGAACCUACGCAGAUGACUGCUUGGUACAGCGGGUCACUCAGCACAAAUGUUACAUUGUGGCCACAGUGGAUAAAGAGCUGAAGCGGAGAAUACGAAAAAUCCCAGGAGUGCCUAUCAUGUACAUUUCCAGGCACAGAUACAACAUUGAGAGGAUGCCGGAUGAUUACGGAGCUCCUCGAUUCUAACCUGUUCAGCCAAGCCAUCGAUGCCAGGACACUGAGCCGGGGAUAAGGGUCCUUCUGGUUCCAACCCUCCUGCUUUGUUUUUUUUUUGCUGAGACUCUGCCCAUGGGACUGUGGGUGACAUUGGACAGACUUCACAGCCUUGAUCUUCUAAGAAGAAGCUACUUGGAAGAGCCUGUUUUUAUUCAUCCUUGUUCUGACUCGGCCUACUUGCCUAUAGCUGGGAGAAACACGUGGGAAAGAGAAGACGGCAGGGCCCAGAACACACCUAACUCCCUCUUCAUUGGGACCAUUAGAAAAAGCGAUUUCCACAUUCUAAAUUAAAUGCUGGUGAUGCAAUCUGGCUGAGAAUAAAACCACAAUUUAGAAGUUUAUUGUUGCUGCACCUCCAGCAGGACAAGUAUUCCUCUGAGAAACUCCCUCACACCUGUCCCACGAGCAAAUUGGAAUCUGUGUUCUGGACAAAAGCUGCCAAAACUGCACUGGUUGGCGUGCCUUCUCUGGGCCAGUGGUCUGGAAGAGUUUAAUUCAGAAUUGAUGGGUUUUUAUUCAACCGUACAAUGAAUGAAGUUUGGUUAAAUGUCCUGCUCAGAUUCCUGUGUCUGUACUGGGUUAGGUGGCAGCUCGGUCCUUUUGCUUGUAUGGAGAGUGAUGGCGGGAGGGCAGGGUUGAGUCGGGACAGACCUGUCCAUCUCGUUUGCUUGACACGUGUACACCUCAAAGCCUUAUCCCUUUAAUUAGGUGUCAGGGAAGGACAGGAAGGUAUCAGACUUUGACAGGAAAGUGUCAAACUGAAAGGUAUUAAUGUGGGCUGGGAGCAGAGCAAGUGUGUGGAAUCUGAACAAUGGCUAUGGAUCGAGAGUCUCACAGAGACCUGCAGCAUUUGCUCCAGGGAAGGAAGUGGUCCUGGGAGGAGGGAAGAGAUGGUUAAGCCACAUGGAGAAGUGGAGUGGAAAAAAUAUUUCGAAGCUUAACUCUGCAUUCUCAUAUCUUCUCCAUUACUCUUUAAUUAUAGCAGUAUAAUUUGCCCUUCUGAUCUCUGCUUAGCUGUGAGGAGAAUUGUCUUAAGACUGAGAGGCAAUACACAAUAUGAGGAUCACCAGGGGCCAACGUGCCAUAGGGUAUUUCCUGGCCAAAAUACCAGCAUUGGGGUAAAGGAGACUGAAAAUUUAUAUUCUUGGUAUCAUUAAGAAAAUUUCCAAACUUCAGUAUAGCUUUUAUCCUGUGGUGCCUUACACUGGUCCAGGCUGCAGAGACUGGCUGAACUCGGAUGUCUGUACGCUGGGCAGCAUAAAGUGAAUAAUACCUCUGCUCUGCUAAUCAUUUCUGUCCUUGGGAAAUGCCCUGAUGUGCCAGAAACUUUCUUGCUAGCACCCUGCCUCUAGAGAGAUGCAGGAAACUUUGAGAACACAUCAAUCUUACCCCUCGUACUAUCUCUGCUUGCUGCAGGCUCACCCACUAAACUCAUCCCUCAAAUAACAGCGCACUGACACUUUCAAAUCAUAGCCCCUUCCAGACUAUCACAACUAAAGUUUAUCUUCUCCACCUCCAGCCAGGAAGAGGGUAGCCAACAACCCUGACAUUUUACACUCGGUGUAUAAUUGUACAUUUCAAAAAUAAUAUCCUUAGUUUUCUUCUCUUAAUCCAAGUAGCAUUUCUUUAAGCCAAGUGUUUGAGUAUUGUCAUGAACACUUGAAGACUGUGUUUAGUCAAAUGAAGACUGAAAAACAGUUGUAUGAUUAGUUCUGUGUAACUUGGUUUUUAGAAUCAUUCUAGUUUUGAAAGACUUCUUCAAAUAGA